UUGGCGGGGCGAGGGUCCGUGUGAGGGUGGCGGGCGAGCGCUGAGGCGGCGUCAUGUCCUCCGAGGUGGCCGCGCGCCACGAUGCCAAGAAGCUGGUGCGCUCCCCCAGCGGCCUGCGCAUGGUGCCCGAGCACCGCGCCUUCGGCAGCCCAUUCGGCCUGGAGGAGCCGCAGUGGGUACCCGACAAGGAGUGCCCACGAUGUAUGCAGUGUGACGCCAAGUUUGACUUUCUCACCAGAAAGCACCACUGCCGCCGCUGCGGGAAGUGCUUCUGCGACAAGUGCUGCCGCCAGAAGGUGCCGCUGCGGCGCAUGUGCUUCGUGGACCCCGUGCGGCAGUGCGCCGCCUGCGCCCUGGUGUCCCACAGGGAGGCCGAGUUCUACGACAAGCAGCUCAAAGUGCUCCUCGACGGAGCCACCUUCCUGGUGACUUUUGGGAACUCAGAGAGAUCAGAAGCCAUGGUCUGCCGUCUUUCCAGCAACCAGAGGUACUUGCUCCUGGAUGGGGACAGCCGCCACGAGAUCGAAAUCUCGCACAUUGCGACCGUGCAGAUUCUCACGGAAGGCUUCCCUCCUGGAGACAUUCACACUUACGCCAGCCUCCUGGGGAGCCAGCCCGCCUCCGAAGGAAGCAACGCACGGGCCACAGGCAUGUCCCUGCAGUACACGACACCAGGGGCAGAGGGCAUGACCCAGCUGAAGCUGACAGCCUGGGAGGAUGCAAAUGCCAGCAAGAGGCAGUCGACAGCAUGGCUGGCAGCCAUGCACAAGGCUGCCAAGCUCCUCUAUGAGUCUCGGGACCAGUGAGUGCACGCGGGCUGGCCCGUCAGCUUGAACAGCGGAGCCUGCUCUGCACCGCACAGGCGACCAGGCCGUGUGCCAGGAAGUGCAAGUACUGGGAGAAACAGACGUGUCGCUUACCUAGUGCAAUAUUCACACCGUUUAUUAACUCUCUAAAUAGCUUCCUGCUUUGGAAUCUGUAUUUUCUUUUGACACUUAACUGGGGUGGGAAAGACUGAGCUACACUACUGCUGAUCUAUUUUUGGUGUUACCUUACAUUUUUAUGAGUGCCAGGUUUACCGGAAGGUUCUGCCCCUCGAUGCUGGUUUCCUUGGUCCUUCCACGGGGACGGCCUGGGCCGCGGGCACUCGGGCUGCAGCCGCGUGGCCCUGGCCAUAGGCUGUCAUGCGCCAUGGCACUGGUCAGGGUCUGCGAACAAACCUUUGAUACUUCAUGGGGAGGAGCCAGCUUCGUUUUGUACUUUUCACUUUACUAAAAUAAUGGUACAACAGUUUGUAUAUAAAGCUUGAUUAAAACCUAUUUUGGAAAUACGGA